GGUUGUUUACUAGCUUUUCGCCAAACUGCCUGCCGCACUGCAUUGGCAGAAAACCGUCGUCCAGUGAACUUUCCACAACCGUUUUCAAGGAUAGUCCAAGGAAAAUUGUAAUUCGUUAAGGAUAAUUUUCAAUUGAACCCAUCAUCAAGAUGAAGCACAAGAAAUCGGCGAAAAAGUCCAGCACCAAUCUAACACACAUCUAUCUGAACGAUAAAAACAUUACCCAAAUCACAAAUAUCUACCCCACCAAACGGAUCUUGGUCCUGUAUUUGCACAACAAUCAGAUAUCCCGAAUCGAAAAGCUGGGAGGUUUUACGCACCUGACGCACCUCUAUCUGCAGUGGAACAAUAUAAGGAAGAUUGAGAAUUUGGACGGUUUGAAAAACUUAAAACAGCUCUACCUGGGGUACAACAAAAUUGCGAAGCUGGAAAAUUUGGGCAACCUGAAGAAGCUGGAACAGAUACACAUCGAACGGCAGAUGUUGGACGGAACGGCCCGGUUCGAUUUCGACGAGGAGUGCAUGAAGGCGCUGGCGAACCACCUCAAGGUGCUGAAUAUCAAAAAGCUAAAGCUUACUCACAUGACCGCUCUGGAACCGCUCUGGAAGCUGGAAGUCCUGCUGGCAUCGGAAAACAGCUUCAAGUCAACGGAGGACAUCACCCCCGUCAUCAGUGCCCUCUACUCCCUUCGCGUCCUGGACUUGCAGGGUUGUGUAGCCCAGAAGGACGUCCACUACCGGGAGAAGGUCACAGCCGCUGCCGGACAUAGACUGUUACUGCUGGACGGUAAAAUGAUCUCUCAAUCGACGCGUAACUUCAUCAAAAACUUCCAGACCAUCAAACAGGAGAAGAAACGGCGUGCCCUGGCCGCCAACGGCGGUGAAGAGAAAGCCAAAACGGCAGACAAUUCCAAGUGCUCGCUGGACAGUAGCACCGGUAGCAGCGAAGGCACCUUCGUCGGUCACAUCCGAGGCCAUUUUCCACCGAAUUCCCUCUUCCAGGUGACCCCACGGCGUCCGGUGUGUCCGAGGAUUCCCAGAAAACCGGUUAUCCGGUCACCGGUGCUGCUGAAGACGAUGUCCGCUCAUUUUGGAGAUGAGAUGUUCGGGCGGGCGGAAAUCCGGGGAUUGGAUGCGGCGGUGAAUAACAACAACAACAACAACAACAACACAAAUGGGGUUAUGCUGCAGGGGAAGGUUAUGAAGGCGGAAGUGCCGGUGUUUAAGGAGAAAAUUCGGAUUCAGCGGAAGGUGCAAUCGCUGCCGUCGAUUGAUUAAGUGGUUGUGAUUGUGUGUUUUGUUUGCCAUCGAGAUUGGU